ACUCAUUAAGAUUUCCUCAGUGAAAGAGAAUACAAACAAUUAUACAAGGUGUACCCAUCAUUGUGACAGCCAUUACACCAUGAAGAAACAUCAACUUUCUUGUGUAAUGAAUGAGAGAUGAAUGAAGUGUUGAGUGUCUUCUCUCUCCAGUACAGCAGGAGGCGCUCUGCAGCUCUUUAGUCCACAUAUAAACCCACUAAAGAAAGAAAGAAAGAGCUCGCGUGUGAUGUGUUUGUGUAUCUUCAGUGUUUUUCUCUCUUGAGUUUUUUAAACAGAGUCUUGUCUCUGUGUAUUUUAGUGUUGAUGAUGAGAUGGAUGUGAUUUGCUGUAAAUCAGGAACUGAUCAGGGCUUACAGGAUGAUGAAUCUACUGAUCAAACCUCCACAGAGUCUCUGGAUUCUGUCUGUAACGCUGGAGAACAGCAGCAGAUCCUGCAGACCAAACUCAAGAUGUGUUCAGUCAAACUCAUCGACUUUAGGAAUCUCAUGAUGAAGAUCAAAACUGAAUCUACAGAAAUUAAAACGGAACCUACAGAAAUAAAAACUGAACCAACAGCAGAUGAAUAUGAAGACAAACACCGUGAUGGUCAUGAUUUUAUUGUGUCAGAUGUAAGGAGUGAAUUGUGUUUGGAUGGAGAAAUAACGUCCUCAACAACAGAAGAGCGUCUGACUGCACAAACUCUUUCCUGCAUCACCGGUGGAGAGAUAUUGAGCUCACAGAGACAUUUAGAGAAACAUAAGAGAAAACGCACACAUCAGAAACAUCAUCUGAAGAAACACACCAAUGAGAGACCGUAUCAGUGCAGUGAAUGUGGAAAAACCUUCAGGAACUCAGGUCAUUUAAAAUCACACCAGAAAAUUCACUCUGAAGAGAAACUCUUUCAAUGUUCACACUGUCAUAAACGUUUCGGUCAUAAAUCUCAUCUGAUAGUUCAUGAGAGAAUUCACACUGGAGAGAAACAUCAUCACUGUAGUGUUUGUGGGAUGAGUUUUAAUCGACAUUACAGUUUAAUAUCACAUCAGAGAACUCAUACAGGUGAAAAACCUUACAAAUGUUCUCAGUGUGAGAAGACGUUUGCUCAAGUAGGCAACUUAAAAGCUCAUCAGAGACUUCAUACUGGAGAGAAACCUCAUCACUGCAGUGUUUGUGGGAAGAGUUUUAAUCUACAGUCUAACUUACUAGAGCACCAGAGAAUUCAUACAGGAGAAAAACCUUACAAAUGCUCUCAGUGCGAGAAGACAUUUGCUCGGUCAAGUAACUUAAAACGCCAUGAAAGAGUUCACACUGGAGAGAAACCUCAUCACUGUAAUGUUUGUGGGAAGAGUUUUAAGCAACGUAGCACUUUCGUGUCACACCAGAGAAUUCAUACACGUGAAAAACCUUACAAAUGCUCUCAGUGUAAUAAGACGUUUACUGAGUCAAAUUACUUAAAAAUCCAUGAGAGAGUUCACACAGGAGAGAAACCUUACGUCUGCUCUCAAUGUGGAAAGAGCUUCUCUAAUCAAAGAUCUAUUAAUGUUCAUCAGAGAGUUCAUACGGGAGAGAAACCUCAUGACUGCAAUGUCUGUGGGAAGAGUUUUAGGCAACAUGCUACCUUUAUAAAGCACCAGAGAAUUCAUACAGGAGAAAAACCUUACAAAUGCUCUCAGUGCGAGAAGACGUUUGCUGAGUCGCGUUCCUUAAAAGUUCAUGAGAGAAUUCAUACUGGAGAGAAACCUCAUCACUGUAAUGUUUGUGAAAAGAGUUUUAAUCGACUUGACAGUUUAGUGAUACACCAGAGAACUCAUGCAGGUGGAAAACCUUACAAAUGCUCUCAUUGUGAGAAGACGUUUGCUCAGUCACGUUCCUUAAAAGUUCAUGAGAGAGUUCACACUGGAGAGAAACCUUACGUCUGCUCGAUCUGUGGAGAGAGAUUUGCUUCUUCAAGAAGUCUUCAGAAUCAUAAGAAGAAACAUACUGAAGAACAAACUACACUGAAAUCAUCAUAUUCUUUACCCUUCUCUGUUAGAUCCACAUAUAAACCCACUAAAGAAAGAAAGAAAGAGCUCGCGUGUGAUGUGUUUGUGUAUCCUCAGUGUUUUUCUCUCUUAAGUGUUUUAAACAGAGUCUUGUCUCUGUGUAUUUUAGUGUUGAUGAUGGAUGUGAUGUGCUGUAAAUCAGUAGGAACUGAUCUGUCCAUGCUGGAUAUUGAUGAUUUCAUCACAGAAAUCUCUCAGCUGAAGAAAGAGGUGGCGUUACUGGAGACAAAGCUGAGAUUAAGAGGAGAUGAAGGACUGAAGAGAGAGGACUCCGAGCUCAGUCUGACUUUACUCUGUUAUACUGAGUCAAAGCACACAGACGCUCAGGACACUACAGUGUGUGACAGUAAUCAGGACUUACAGGAUGAUGAAUCUACUGAUCAAACCUCCACAGAGUCUCUGGAUUCUGUCUGUAACGCUGGAGAACAGCAACAGAUCCUGCAGAACAAACUCAACAUGUGUUCAGUUAAACUGGAGGACAGUGGGAACCAAACUGAGAUUAAAACACAACCCACAGAAAUAAAAACUGAACCCACACUUGAUGAAUAUGAAGACAAACAUAAUGAUGGUCAUGAUUUUAUUCUGUCAGAUGUAAAGACUGAAUCAUGUUUGGAUGGAGAAAUAACGUCGUCAACAUCAGAAGAGCGACUGACUGCACAAACUCUUUCCUGCAUCAUCGGUGGAGAGACAUUGAGCUCACAGAGACAUUUAGAGAGAAAACACACAGAACAGAAGCAUCAUCUGAAGAAACACACCAAUGAGAGACCGUAUCAGUGCAGUGAAUGUGGAAAAACCUUUAGGGAUUCAUUCUCUCUAACUUCACACAAAACACUACACACUGAAGAGAAACCCUUUCAAUGUUCACACUGUGAUAAACGUUUCAGUCAUAAAUCUCAUCUGAUAGUUCAUGAGAGACUCCACACUGGAGAGAAACCUUAUCUCUGUCAUGUUUGUGGGAGGACUUUUAAUCUACGUCAAUAUUUAGUGUCACACCAGAAAGUUCAUACAGGUGUAAAACCUUACAAAUGCUCUCACUGUGGGAAGACAUUUGCUUAUUCAGCUUCCUUAAAAGUCCAUGAGAGAAUUCAUACUGGAGAGAAACCUUACGUCUGCUCGAUCUGUGGAAAGAGUUUCUCAGAUCAUAAUGCCUUUAGAGUCCAUCAGAGAGUUCACACUGGAGAGAAACCUCAUCACUGUGAUGUUUGUGGGACGACUUUUAAUCAUCGUGUCAAUUUAGUGAAUCACCAGAGAAUUCAUACAGGUGAAAAACCUUACAAAUGCUCUCAGUGUGAGAAGAUCUUUACUCAGUUAAAACACUUAAAAGUCCACGAGAGACUUCACACUGGAGAGAAACCUUACGUCUGCUCUCAUUGUGGAAAAAGCUUUUCUGAUCCAUCUUAUUUUAGAGUUCAUCGUAGAAUUCACACUGGAGAGAAACCUUAUGACUGUAAUGUUUGUGGGAAGAGUUUUACUCAACGUGAUUAUUUGGUGUCACACCAGAGAACUCAUACAGGUGAAAAACCUUACAAAUGCUCUCAGUGUGAUAAAACGUUUGCUCAGUCAGUUCACUUAAAAGCCCAUCAGAGAGUUCAUACAGGUGAAAGACCUUACAAAUGCUCUCAGUGUGAGAAGACGUUUGCUCAGUCAGGUCACUUAAAAGUCCAUCAGAGAGUUCACACAGGAGAAAAACCUUACGUCUGCUCGAUCUGUGGAGAGAGAUUUGCUGCUUUUAGAAGUCUUCAGAAUCAUCAGAAGAAACAUACUGACACAAACUGCAUCAUAGUGUCUUGUGUUUGUGUAUCCUCAGUGUUUUUCUCUCUUGAGUGUAAACAGAGUUUUGUCUCUGUGUAUUUUAGUGUUGAUGAUGAGAUGGAUGUGAUUUGCUGUAAAUCAGGAACUGAUCAGGGCUUACAGGAUGAUGAAUCUACUGAUCAAACCUCCACAGAGUCUCUGGAUUCUGUCUGUAACGCUGGAGAACAGCAGCAGAUCCUGCAGACCAAACUCAACAUGUGUUCAGACAAAGCCAUCAACUGCAGGAACCUCGUGAUGAAGAUCAAAACUGAACCCACAGAAAUAAAAACUGAACCUACAAAAAUAAAAACUGAAUCUACAGAAGUAAAACCUGAACCCACAGCAGAUGAAUCUGAAGACAGUCAUGUUGAUGGUCAUGCCUUUAUUAUUUCUUCAGAUGUGAAGAGUGAAUUAUGUUUGGAUGGAGAAAUAACGUCCUCGACUUUUUCCUGCAUAACCAGUGGAGAGACAUUGAGCUCACAGAGACAUUCAGAGAGACAACAGACAAAACAGAAAGUGCUUUUACACAUCAAUGAGAAACCAUAUCAAUGCAGUGAAUGUGGAAAAACAUGUAGGGAUUCAUUCUCUCUAACAGCACACCAAACCCUACACACUGGAGAGAAACCCUAUCAAUGCUCACACUGUGAUAAACCUUUCAGUCAUAAAUCUCACCUGAUAGUCCAUGAGAGAAUUCACACUGGAGAGAAACCUCAUCACUGUGAUGUUUGUGGGAAGAGUUUUAAUCGAAAUGACAGUUUAGUGUCACACCAGAGAAUUCAUACAGGAGAAAAACCUUACAAAUGCUCUCAGUGCGAGAAGACAUUUACCCAUUUAACUUCCUUAAAAGUCCAUGAGAGACAUCACACUGGAGAGAAACCUUAUGUCUGCUGUCACUGUGAAAAGAGCUUUUCACAUCAAAAUACCUUUAGAGAUCAUCAGAGAGUUCACACUGGAGAGAAACCUUUCGUCUGCUCUCAAUGUGGAAAGAGCUUCACUAAUCAUAGUUCUAUUAAAGUUCAUCAGAGAGUUCAUACGGGAGAGAAACCUCAUCACUGUAGUGUUUGUGGGAAGAGUUUUAGACAACGGGCUACCUUUGUGAGUCACCAGAGAACUCAUACAGGUGAAAAACCUUACAAAUGCUCUCAAUGUGAGAUGAUGUUUACUCAGGCAGGUCACUUAAAAGUUCAUGUGAGAGUUCACACUGGAGAGAAACCUUACGUCUGCUCUUACUGUGGAAAGAGCUUCACUAGUCAUAGCUCUAUUAGAGUUCAUCAGAGAAUUCAUACUGGAGAGAAACCUCAUCACUGUAGUGUUUGUGGGAAGAGUUUUAGGCAACAAGCUGACUUACUAAAGCACCAGAGAAUUCAUACCGGAGAAAAACCUUACAAAUGCUCUCAGUGCGAGAAGAUGUUUGCUCAUUUAACUUCCUUAAAAGUCCAUGAGAGACUUCACACUGGAGAAAAACCUCAUCACUGUAAUAUUUGUGGGAUGAGUUUUAAUCAACAUCACCAUUUAGUGUCACACCAGAGAACUCAUACAGGUGAAAACCCUUACAAAUGCUCUCAUUGUGAGAAGACAUUUGCUCAUUCAGCUUCCUUAAAAGUCCAUCAGAGAGUUCACACUGGAGAGAAACCUUACGCCUGCUCGAUCUGUGGAGAGAGAUUUGCUUCUUCUAGAAGUCUUCAGAAUCAUCAGAAGAAACAUACUGACACAAACUACACUGAAAUCAUCACAGUGUCGGUCUAAUAACGUGCUAAAAAAAUGAUUGAUUUCUUUGAAUGACUUUGACCUCUGUAAUUUGUGGCACGAAAAGCAAUGUUUUUUUAGCCUGGCUCCGCCCUCCUACGUGCUUCAGCUUAAUUUUCACUUCAGUACUGCGUCUGGGACUGCUCUGUAGAGUUUUGUUUUCUCCUGCAAAAAUCUGCAGGUCCAAUCAGCAAACAGAGGGGGGUGGCUAAGAACGAUGACGUUGAGGUCGUGCGUCAGUUUGAGUUGUAGUUCAGUAAUGGCAGCGGAGAAAGUUGUUGCAAAACUUGCCGAAUAUGCAGAAGUUAAGCCGGAGCAAGAAGCAGGUUUGCUAAGUUUUGUUGGUCUGAUUAUUCUGACUUUUUGUUUCUGGCCAGUUUCGGUGAAUGAUAUACGUCAUAACCACACGUUAGCGAUCGCCUAUGGUAGAUCCUGAGUGACUCUGGGCAGAUCCAAUAAUUUUAAACUUCAACAGAGGACCCUCCUUAACAGAAGUAAUGCUUUGCAAUGGAGCGUGGCCAGACUCUCUGUACAAAUGAAAUGAAUGUACGAGAGUCUGGUUGGACCAGGCUAAUGUUUUUAACCACUCUGUCGAAUUUUCCCUCUAUUGCUCAACAAAUAAACAGGUUGACCAAUGAGAUCUGAGCAUUCCAUCACAUUCCCAGAGCCACUGCUGUAACUCAAAAUGUGAGAUGUGGUGUUACAGCACCCAAAACUAU